AUGAUUAAAUUGAUUUUAAUCAGUAGUUUCUUUGUCUUUAUCAACGGUGAUUUUGAAACAGAGAGUUUAUGUGGAGAUCAUAAUGCAACUAGUAAAUCUAUUAUUGAUUAUUGCAUAUCUCAAAAUGGUUCAUUAAAAUUUCGAUGUUGUUUUCUCUCGAAUUCAAGUAAUAUUUUGGCUAUUGAUUUAACAGAAAUGAAAUUAAAUAAAGUACCUGAUUUGAAGGAAUUUACAGAUUUAACAAAUCUAACAAUGGUCGAUCUUCGUUUGAAUCCUCAACUUGAAUCUUCAACACAAGAUGAUUUUUUUGGCAUGCUAUCUCUUGAUUAUCUCUAUUUACCUGAACAAUAUCCAUGUCCUGGUGAAAAACAUGCGUGGCAAUCAAUUAAUCAAACAAUUGAUCCUAAAGGCAUUCUCUGUAUGUAUCAAAAAGAUGUUUGCAUAAAUUCAACAAAUUUUUGUGUUGAACCAAAUUCUUAUUGUGCUACAAAUGGACCAAAUCACUUUUUCUGUUUAUGUAAAACUGGUUAUUAUGGUUACAAAUGCUUACGACAUGGACAAUUUCCAAUGGGAAAAUUUUUUGGCAUAUCCAUAACGACAACUAUAGUUUUAAGUAUCUUUUUCUUUUGGACACAACGGCGACAUGUGAAAAAAGAUUAA